UUGGAGAUUCUGGUAUCUUUUGGCCUGGUCCCCGACGAUCGCAGCCCCUCCUUCAACCGCCCUAAAGGCUCCGUCAUGGACGCUAGCCUCGACAGAGGUUGGCGCGAGGCUCUCGUCAAGGCCCAAGCAAAGACAUCACAGACAUACCAGAAAAUCGCAUCAAAAUGCUAUCGGGCAGAUGCAGGAACUGGGCUGGAACAGCUUCGAGAUAUCCUGAGCACCCUACGGCUGCUUCUCGGGACGAUCAACAGCCUGUCCUUGCUAGUCAUGGAGCUGCGGAUACAGGGGAGCGAUUCUCACUUGCGCGGCCCGCAGCCUGAUCACAACGUCCUGGAUACGAUGAGCGACCUCUUGGAGUACCUGAAUAGGCCGAAUUUGGAGUAUCCUAUCGACAACCGAAUUCCAAGAAAGCUCCACGCUAUUUCGGACACUCUCAGAACGGCCGCAGCGAGUCACGACUGCUUUGGCAUGGAGACCUGCCUGAUCACCUACGAUCCCCCGAUGUCAUUGUUCGAAUAUUGCCCAAAAUCAACGCCAGAUGACUCCAAAGAAGGAGGACGGGAAACCGAGGAAUCUUCACAUGAAGACGCCAUGGCAUGCUUAGCUGAAGUAAUGCGGGUCCCAAAAGAACUUGAAGCCCCUAAAGACCUUCUUUCAUAUCAGUCACACGUCGCCUGGAGGGACUUGGCUUACCCGCGUUAUAGCAUCUCCGCAUGGAGACUACCAGAGCUGGUCAAGAAGCACUGGGAUUCUGCAAUUAAAGCGCACGUGGAGAACCUCUUCUCACCCGACAAGCCAGCGCCCUUCGAGUACUGGCUUCUCGAGUAUGCGACCCGGCAAUGGCCUGAGCGCUUUGAUACAACCAAAGCUUUGUCAAAGACACAUUUCAAGCGUCUUAUGUCCAUGGUCUCUGAUCCAUCUCUUCGACCUCUGCAUGUCGCAGCGGCUUUGGGGCUGAAUGCUUUUUACGAAGACAGAGUAGCCGACCAAGUAGAGCUUAGGCAGCUCUCCACAGCGAGUCCUUUUGGCACGCCGCUCUACUGCGCACUUCUAGGGCCGAAUGCACUCCUCGCUCACGUCGACGACCCAAUACAAUUAGCAGCGGAUUUCCUUCAUACUGCCGGUCAGAAAGAGACUAUCGCCAAGAUUUGUCUCAUGACACACAACCUGCGACCGUACCUGGGAGCGUACCCGUCGCAGUUGAGCGUGAUCGGACCCAACCCGGAUGAACCCGUGUCCCUGACCACGCUGGCAUUCCUGGUCUGCCAUUCUCUCGACGACCCGGAGCUUUUUAAUCUCAUUUUGACUUUCAAUCCUGCCUUGGACGACAGGUUCCUGCAGCUUUUCCUCGGGAAAAACUCCAUUGCCAACUACUGGCCGUCCACGCUACCGGAGUUAUCUCUAUCGUUUUUGCAUAAAGUGCUGCCGUCCAUUAUCGACUAUACAGCCGUCAGAUACACCGGGCCGGGUCUUGUAUCAUCUCUUUUGAAGGGAGUCUACGAGGUUGUUGGACAUUUCCGCCUGGAAUCUAUCACCCCCACAACCAAGUUGCCCAAUCUGCCGGAUGAUACGUACUACGACCUGGUCCGCGAGAUCGUCCCAGACGACGAUCUCCUGUUUCUCAGGAGGUUCGUCUGUGAUCCACGCUGGAAGCCCGAUAUCCCCUUGGUCAGAGAUGAUUCCUUUCCGGCGCCCACGGACGACAUUUCAAAAGUCAAGACAACGACACUCCUUCACUACGCUGUGGAAUGCAACAUGUGGGCUUCGGUGUCGCUGAUGUUGAGUUCUUCCGCGUCCGUCGACAUCAAUGUCCGCAACGAGAAUGACCAGACCCCGCUGAUGCUGUCCGAAUCCCCUGAGAUGUUCAAACUCCUUAAAUGCCACGGUGCAAGAACCACGGAGACAGAUCAUCUCGGGCGCAACAUAUGGCACAUCGCAGCCGCCAACGCCGACGUCAACCUCAUCGACUGUCUCAUGGAGAACGAUGAGAACAAGGACCAGAAUCUUAGAGGGUUGAUGCAUGGAGGGCAGACACCCAUCGCCCAGAGCAUCAUUUAUCCUCUGCAGCUACUACGGGAAGGCUCAGAGGUAACCGAAACAUCACCAGUUGGGGCUUUGCACUUGCUCAAGAGUUGCAAAAAGGACCCAGCGUACCUCCAAAGCCCGACCCCCCUGAUACUACUGGCGGCACAAUGGGGUUCCACACCGCUGGUGACCAGUCUGUUGGAUUUCGGUGCUGAUCCUAACUCCGUAGAUGAGAAGGGCCAGUCGGCUUUACACUACAUCAAUAUCUCGGCUGCACAAGAUUUGGUUACGGCUCUUCAGAAAGUUUGCAAGACGUCGGCCACAAACCACAGCGGCCUCACACCCGCAGAGACAAUCUUUGAUGAUUUACCUCCCCAACUGCGCCCAAGAUAUCCUGGCGUGGAUGAUGCCAUCAUCGAGUCGGAAGGGCUUGAUGAUAAGGCGUACCAACUUCUCCUCACCCCAGAAGUGCUCUCCUCUCGCAACGACAAGGGUCAUGGGCUCUGGGAGCGGUUUGCCGCAAGAUUGGCUGACCCCGAGAACCCUAUCUGGGAUGACCCGUCAAUCGCUGGCGCAUCCAUGAAGACAGCAACAAGUAUGCUGAUUAUGAGUGGAGCAAUGCAUUCGUACGAGAAGGAGAAGAGAGAGCCGGGACUUCUGGCUGUUAUGAAGACUUUGAGCCCAAACCUCACGAAAAUAUUCUUCACGGAAUACUCGGAGUGGGCCUUUGACCUCCUUAUUAGCACUUCCAAAGAGAAGGAAAAGUUCAAAACCUCAGCUUAUUCCGUCAAGCUGCUUAAGCUUGUCGUUAUCCAGAGGCGCACCUCAUUUGUACGACGUCUCCUCGAGCUAGGCGUGUCAGUUCACCUGCGGGACAACAGCAAUGUUGACCUGAUCGAAGGGGGCCCUGCCUGGACGUGGGAGGAGGCCACUUCCGCACUGGAAUACGCGUGCGAAUAUAUCCCCUGCGAGAAUGAGAUAUUCGAUAUCCUACUGUCCUACGUAGAUACCGACAAGCUCAACGAGGAUCGUCCUGUUGGUCAAGGGUUCAUCGACAGACUCAUCAGAGGCUCCCGACGCGAGCAAGAUUUCAAGCUGAGAAAGCUAUUGCGGAAAGGCCUCAACCCAAACCCGAAGUCGGGUGUGAAUGGUUCCCCUGCCAUGGUGGCAUGCAUCAAAGGGGGCCAUCUUUCGACUACCCUAUCACUCCUCGACCAUGGCGGAGACGUGUCAGCGACUGACGAGUCGGGCAUGGACGCGCCCUUGGCGGCGGCGUGGAUGGGUAGCGUCGAAAUCCUGGACGGGUUGAAGGCGUCCCGGCCGGACAUGGACCUCAAGACAACCUGCACGGCACGCCUCGCGACUUGUAUUCCCGGCUGGCUGGACCAGGAGAUGGUCCUGCGGGGGUGCACCGGCCUUCACCUGGCAGCUUUCAAGGGCCACGUAGCCGUCUUCGACUUUCUCAUCAAGCGUCACGGGUUCGACGUCAACGUCGUCACUUCUGACGAUCGGUGGACGCCUCUCCACUGCGCCGCCUACGGCGGCCAGGCGUCUUGCGUCAGAAGCCUCCUCGAACUCGGGGCAGAUACGACGGCGGAAGACUGCAGGGGCCACACGCCGAUGGCGGUGGCUAUCAUCCUCCGUCGGAGCGAGAUCGUUUGCGCCCUGCUGUGGUUCGGGUCGGGGGAGGACGAGAACCCGACGGUUCACCGCCUGGCGCAGGAAUCCGGAUGUCAGGACAUUAUCGAUCUCUUAACGCCCACUGAGCCAUCGACGCCGUCUCCUUCCGUUCCGGAUGUCGAAAUGGAAGUAUAA